CACAAGUUAUAUUCCAUUUUUGUUUGUUGAGCAUCUUCUUUUCUUUCUUGCACUGAAUUGAGUCCAAUACAUUUCUCCAUUCUCAAGCUUUUAUUUCAGUUUCUCACUCUCUCUCUCUUUCAAUUACAAAGAAAAUAAAGAAAGGGAUGGUUGUUGUUUCAAGAGCGUGGAGCUGCAACGUUUCGAUUCGUUUGGUUAUGGUUCCUUCUUCGAUCGGCGAUUAGUCCUCUCACUCUCACUCGUUCCAACUCCAAUGGCUUUCAACUCUUCGCUUCGUCUUCCUUCCUCUUCUCAAUAUUACUCACACUUUUGCUCUGUUAGGUUCAAAUACAGCAAGCUUCACAAUGUUCAUAGCCGAAUAGAUUUGGUGACAACCAAAAAGAGAAAAUGUUGUAUUAGGUCAAUACUGAAUGAUAAUAGACCAAGCAUCAACGACUAUGGAGCUGCUAAAUCUGCAAGGCUGCUCCUUGAAAAGCUGUUUGAGCAAGCACAGAAGCUGGAACAUCAGAUGGCAACUGGGGUCACAGGCGAGUCUUACGGUGGUGAAGAUGCUCAGCUAGCUUACAAUCUUAGCAUGCUUGAGUCGGAUCUUCAGGCUGCACUCAGGGAAUUGAUAAAGAAGGAAGAGCAUCUGCUGGAGAUAGAGAGGAUGGUUAUUUUGGAGAGCACUGAGUUGAAACACACAAAGGAAGAGUUGGAGCAACAGGAGAGGGAAAUUGCGGCUGCUCGCACCAAGUAUGAGAAGCUGGAAGAGGAGAUGAAGGAAGCUAAGACUAACUUGGUUUCUCAAGCAGGUCAGAUGGAGGUACUGAAGCUCCUUCUCAGGGAGCGUGAUCAAGAGGUUGCUACCAUGAAGAGGGCACUGUCCUUGAAGGAGGCAGAAGUGGAGCAAAUGAAGAUUGACUUGGUGAAGAAGAGUGAAGAAGCAGCAACUUUUGAUGCUGAGCUUAAACAGAAAGCUCAACUUUUGAUUGAAACAAAUGAGGUUAUGAACAAACAAAAAAUUGAGCUUCAAGAACUCCAGAAGGCUGUCCAUGUAAAAGAUCAGGAACUUCAGGUUUCGCUGACUCAGAGGAAGUCCGAAGAAGAAAAACUGAAGUCUGCCGAGGCUACCUUGGAGCAGCAGACAAUGGAAUGGUUGUUGGCACAGGAGGAACUUAAGCGGUUGGGAGAGGAUGCUUCUAGACACGCGCAGGAGAGUAAUGAGACUCUGGAAGAUUUCAGAAGGGUGAAGAAGCUUCUCACUGAUGUGAGGUCUGAAUUGGUUUCUUCUCAGCAAUCACUCGCAUCUUCUAGUGUCAUGUCAUACAUGGCAAGUUUGUACGAUGCUCAAGUAGAAGUGGAAAAUGAGCGAGGGAAACUUAGGAUUGCAGAGGCCCGGAACAGAGAACUCGAACGGGAUUUAACUAUGGAAAAGGAGCUUGUGGAGAAGUUACAAGAGGAGCUGAAGAAAGAGGGAACAACUUUGGAGCAGGCAGUUAGAGAAGUUUCUUUCCUUAAACAAGAAUUAGAGAAAAAAAGUACUGAGUUUAAUGAAACAACUGCCAUUCUUCAUGCUAAAGAAACGGAGCUCGUUGAUGCUAAGAUGGAAAUCCAGCAUUUCAAAUCUGAAAAGGCUUCUCUUCAGGCUAUCUUGGAGGAGAAAGACUUGGAACUUUCCAAUGCUAGGAAGACGUUGGCAGAAGUAAACAAUGAAAUCUCUGAUCUCAAGCUGCACUUGAGGGACAAAGAAGAACAACUUAUUGAAGCAACCUGUUCACUGAAGGAGAAAGAUGAGCGUGUUAAAACGAUCGAGAACAUAUUAUACGACACAAGCCUGAAAGCUUCCCAGGCUGAAACUGUAGUAGAACAAAUCUUAGAUGUUACAAACAAACUGGUUGCUUCCAUAAAGGAUGAAGAUAUUAACUCAUCAAGAGCACUACAUGAAGAGGGCAGUGAACUACUUGAGCAACUAAUCAAGGAACCGGAUAAUGAAGUGAGGUGGCAGCAAAAACGGCUUGAGAGUGAGCUUCAGUUAACCAAAGACAACUUAAAAGCAAAGGAGAUGGAGGUUCUGGCCGCACACAGGGCUCUAACAAUAAAAGAUGAGGAGCUUAAAAUGACACUUGCAAGGUUGGAUGCAAAGGAGGAAGAGUUAAAGAAAGUAAGGGAAGAGUUAACCGAAGACACAAAUGAUCUCAAAAGGCGGUACGCCUUGACGCAGGAGAAAAUUGGUGAGAAAAGCAUGGAAGAUUUGGCAGUUGAGAGACUUCAGCUGGAAGCAGCUCAGUCGGAAGUUGAAGCUGCCACUAGCGCUAUACAUGAACUCACAGAAAUGAGACGACAACUAUUGACUAAGGCUAUCAGUAUUUACCAAAAGCCUGAUUCGAUGACCGACAUGAACAACACCUGUUUUGCUGAGGUAAAAGAAGGAAUUGCUACACUCUCAGCUAUGACUGAUCAACUUGUGAGGGAGGUAGGUAUUGUUUCUGCAAAAUAAAAAGAGGUAAUGAAAGAACAUGAAGGAGGUUAAGGAGUACUUUUGUAUAUUGUUUUGCCUUUGUGGCCCAAAAAGCCAUGCCAAGGUUUACUUUUUUCUCUUUGGUGGAUCAUACUGUAUUCUCUUGUUUUGCCCAUAAUAUGUACAGAUAUCAAAUAUGUUUGUUGUUCAGUUGUGGAGGUGGAAGCUUAUUUUUGUUGUUCGAGUUUGCAUUCAGACUUAUCUGUUAAACUUGUUUUUAGCCAAACAUAAAUGGGAUGGAGAGGUUUUUUGUUGCUGCU